GGCUGCUGGGGAGGGGGACUGGGCGGCCUCUUUCCUCCCUCUUCCCCAACCACCUGUCUCGCCGCAGAAUCCCACAGUACGCAGAGCCAACGCGGAGCUGAAAGCUUCAGGCCACGCCCCCGGAAUGCUCCGGGCCAGCCUUUGAACUCCGAGCCCCUGCCCCCUGGGAGGCCUCUCCGAGGCCACUCCCCCACGCCUCCGGGUCACGCCCCGACCUCCAGGCCACGCCCACCCGCAGCCACCCACAGCGACCAUGGGGACUCCGAGCAGCCCGGAGAAGGGUUCUCCGUUGCCGCGAGUCCCGGAAUGCGACCUAGAGGGCCAGCCCCGAGGAGCUGCCCAGCCGCAGGGGCGCCCGGAGGAGGCAAGCGAGCAGGAGGCUCCUGAGGCCCCAGAGGAGCUACCGAGCUGCCGAGGGGCUGAGCAGCAGCAGGCCGAGGAAGAGGAAGGAGAAGGCAGCAGCACCGAGAGCACCCGAGACGAGCCCGGGACCACGCCCCCUGUGCGGAUGCCGGCCACGCCCCCUGCUCCCGUUCCCCCUGGGGAAGGGGUGAGAGAGGCGGCUCGGCGGCUGCGAGGGCAGCGGCUGGAGGCGCUGACCCGUGUGGCCCUGAUGGAGCAGCGCGUGAAGGAGCUGCAGCGCCAGAAGAAGGAGCUGAGGAUCGAGAUGGAGGUGGAGGUGGCCCUGCUGCGGGGCAAACUGGCCGGGGAGCGCGUGGCGGCCCGGAGGGAGGAGGAGCGGCUCCGGGAGCUGCUGGCGCCGCGGGCGGACGCCGAGAAGGGCCGCGAGCAGCGGGAGCAGGAACAGCAGCGACUGUGCCAGGAGCGGGAACGCGUGGAAAGUCUUCACCAGAGACUCAGAGAAGCCCGAGGACAGCUUGACUCGCAGCCAGAGGACCAGCAUGAGUGGCUUCUGCAGCAGGUGCAGGAGCUAAGGGAACAGCUGGAGGUGGCUCAGCGUGCCUAUGAGGACCUGGAAUUCCAGCAACUGGAGCUGGAGAGCCGGCAAGAGGAGGAGGAGGAUCAGGAGAGCCCUGGGGCCCAAGCACCAGAACCCAGAGUCCAGGAGCUUCAGGGCAGUGUGGCCCAGCACAAGUGCCGGAUCCAGGUCUUGGAGGAACAGCUCAAGUCCCUGGGGGACCAGAUGGCAGCUGAGAUCUGGGGGCUGAGGCGGAAGAAGGAGGAGGCCCUCCAGGCCCUGACACAGGAACGGAGCCGGCUGCUGGAGCUUAGUCGUCGCCUUCAGGGAACACUUGGUGGGGAUUUCUCUGAGUCCAAACAAGCGCACACUAAGCUGCUGUUCACCCAGAAGACAGACCGCCAGCUGGUGGUGCUGCAGGACCCCUCUGUCCACCCUGCUGCCGGCUCUACCUCUUCCUGCCUCUUUUCCGUCUGCAGCUCCCUGCAGGGCUCCAUUGGGCUCCAGAGGACCGGAAGCCUGUCCCGGAAGCGGGGGGAGAGGGCGAGCCAGAGGGGAUUGGCGCGGCCUGUGUCUCUCCAUUGUACCAGAGCCCUUGAGGCCUCCGCUCUGGCAUCGGCAGUGGCGGCCUCUGGAAGACACCCCCUCUAUCAGCUGCUGAACUGUGGCCCUAGCAAUGGCUGCCAGGUCCUCCACCCGGACAUCGCCCACAUGGAACAGCUCCUGCAGCGGGCUGUGGCGGAGAGGGAGCGGCUGCGCCAGGCCAGGGAGGGCCAGAAAAGGACCACAGAAGGCUCCGAGGGCCCGGCUGCUCCUGCCAUCAUGGCCCCGCCCGCAUCCCCACCCCACCCUCCGGCUCCCCGAAUCCUGGAUCUCCGGCAGCAUCUGGAGCGCUGGGGCCACAGCCCCGAAAGCUGCCCUCACGUGCGGGUGUCAGGGGUCUGCUGUCGCGGACCCCUGGUGAAGAUGGGCGGCCGCAUCAAGACCUGGAGGAAACGAUGGUUCUGCUUUGACCGCCAGGCCCGCCGCCUGGCCUACUACGCAGACAAGGAACAGACCAAGCUCAAAGGUGUCAUCUACUUCCAGGCUAUCGAGGAAGUCUACUAUGACCACUUGCGAAACGCCUCCAAGAGCCCCAACCCCCGCCUGACAUUCUGUGUCAAAACCUACGAACGCCUUUUCUACAUGGUAGCCCCGAGCCCCGAAGCCAUGCGCAUUUGGAUGGAUGUCAUCGUGACUGCCGCUGAUGAGAACCACGCGCCUUAAGGGGCCCCGCCUCCCCGGGGACGGGGACGUCCAGUGAAGCUCCGCCUGCGCACGCAGCGGCGUUUCUAGGCCCCGCCCACUGCCGAAUAAACCUGCGGCGGCUGCGGUUCAGGAGGCUCAGCUGGUCUGAGUCACGGGUUCUGGGCUGCAGGUGCCUUUUUCCCAGACGCCCGACGGGAUCGCCACAAGCACUGCCUGGGGCAGGACGAGGAUUUCGGGGUUGGAAGGAACUAUUUAUUGGUGCUCCUGUGUGUGAUACCGAAUUAAACAUGGUGGAAAACGAA